CCACAGCUGUGAUUAUUGUGUCAGAUAGUGAAACGCGGUCCGGGUUUUGUCCACUAAAUCGUCCACAUUUGGACUAACUGUUUGGGACGGAGACUGGGAGGGUGGUCUGGAGCUGGUCUGAGAGGAGCCCGGUCCGGUUUGGAGCGGGUGUAACCCGGGUUGGAGCGGGUUUUGUUGCCGGUCUGGACCGUUGGGGAAACGAGAAGGAGGGAAAGUUUGCUUCAGCUUCGGUUAACGUCCCUGCAGUGGCGGCAGUCAUGUUCAGGUAGAGACCGGCUCCACGGCGCCCACCAUGCGGAAGCACCUGGAGAGGAUCCGUUUCCGGGGCCAGAGACGGGAAGAGUUCCUGGAUCUGGCCGAUUCGCCCAACACGUCCGACACAGAAUGCACUGACGAGGUCGUGAUCAAACCUCGCCUCACCACCAGAGAUUCGGAGGAGCUGAGGGAGGCGGAGGGAGAGCAGCAGAGUGACGCUUCGGCUGGUCCAGGAUCAUUUUCUGCAGCUAUCCAAGAUGACCCAAGGACAGACCUUAAUGAGGUCAAAGGUCACCUAGAAAUCGCCUUGUUAGAGAAACACUUCUUACAGGAGGAGCUGAGGAAACUUAAAGAGGAGUCCAACAUGGAUUCACUGAGACAGGAGCUGGAGAGGGAGCGCAGCAGGUGCCUCGAGCUGGAGCAGAAGAUCAACGACGUCCUGAAACCCAGACCUGAAGACUCACCUUCUCAGACACCUAAAGCCCCAACCCCUCCUCCACCUGCAGUCGCCAGUACAGACAAACAGAAGGACACUUUGUUUGACAGCUUCCUGAAGUGGCUUUAUGAUCGUUUUGGUGUUUAUAUCGAGGACUUCCGCUUCCAACCGGAGGAGCAGACGGUUGAGACGGAGGAGCCGCUGAGUGCCAAGAGGUUGACUGAAAACAUGAGACGACUCAAACGAGGAUUCAAACCUGUGACCAACUUUAAGAGGAACCUUUCUGCCUUAUCCAGCUGGUACUCCGUCUACACGUCGGCCAUCGCCUUCAUUAUCUACAUGUAUGCAACAUGGCACGGCUGGGCCGUCCCCAUGUUCCUGUUCCUCGCCAUCCUCCGCCUCUCCUUAAAUUACCUCAUCGCCAGAGGCUGGAGGAUCCAGUGGAGCAUUGUACCUGAAGUCUCAGAGCCAAUGGAGCCUCCCAAAGAAGACUUGACAGUGUCGGAGAAGUUCCAGCUGGUUCUGGACGUUGCUCAGAAAGCUCAGAAUCUGUUUGGAAAGAUGGCGAACAUCCUGGAGAAGAUAAAGAAUCUGUUCAUGUGGGUUGAACCAGAGUUGACUCAGAAGCUGUACAUUGGUCUGUGGCUGGCCUUCAUCUCCUCCUGCCUGCUGCCGUACCAACUCCUGGGAUUCAUCAUAGGUGUAUAUGCAGGUAUAAAGUUCUUCGUCAUCAACUUCAUCUUUAGUAGAUGUCCCAAGCUGAAGGAGCGCUACGACACCCCUUACAUCAUCUGGACCAAUUUACCCACCGACCUGCAGCUGAAGGAGCGCGGCAACACCACACUGAGCAGAAGGGUUACCAUGACGGCCGGCCGAGGCAGUGUCGGCACCGCGGCUCCUCUGGGUGUCAACCGGGACGAGGACGGAGGACGAUACUACAGCACCAAGAGAGGGGCUUUUCACGACGUCUUCAAUCUGCCGGAGAGCGAGCGGCCUCUGUCAGUGUGUGAGAACGGCUGGCGCUGCUGCCUCAUCAACAGAGACAGGAGGACACCGACAGACUACAUCCGUAAUGGAGUCCUCUACGUCACUGAGAAUCAUCUGUGUUUCGAGAGCUCCAGCUCCAGAUCUGGAUCCUCCAAGAGGAACAAAGUCAUCAAGCUGCUCGACAUCACCGACAUCCAGAAGUACAAAGUUUUGUCUGUGUUGCCUGGAUCUGGGAUGGGCAUCUCCAUAGCAACGCCAUCCACCCAAAAGCCGAUGGUGUUCGGCGCAAUGAUCCACAGAGACGAGGCCUUCGACGCCAUCUUCAAUCAGUACAUGAAGAUCGUUGCCAUGGCUGCAGCCACAGAGCCGGAGACAUAGUAACACCUUCACAAGAGGGCUGCAUUCACAGACACAAACACUGGAACUGUUUCACUGUGUUCACCAAACAGCUGCUGACUCCAGUUUGAGCUGCUCUCAACAAACGAAAUGAUCCGGUGACACUGAUUAAUAUUACAUCAGCCGACUUCCACCAAAUCAGGCAGAAUCAGGCGGUUAACAGUUACUGCUCUUAGAGUGUUUAAUAGAAAGUUCCCACAAAACAGACGACCUCAUGUCCUGAGGUAUAACUUAACGUAAAUGCUCAAGUUAAUGGCUGUUAUUUAAAACUCAAAUAAUCGCCUGCUUAAACAAAUAAACCCCGGGUAAAACCCUUAAGGAGGGCAGGGUUACCUCUUUUAUGUCUCACAUGAUAAAUUCAGUUGAAAGUACUUUUCUAUACAACAGCAGUCAUGUUAUACUCUUCUCUCUGCUGAUUAGUUAAUAAAGAGGUGAAGUCCCUCCCCUCCUGGUGUCCCCCAUGGGACCUUAUUACAGAGACAAAUAACUUUUUGAUUCUGCUUUAACUGUGCGAUGAAUUACACAUAUAAUGACAAAAUUUUGCAAGUCAAGAAAGUUGCAGUUUGUCGUAGCGUCGUUUAGUUUUGUCUGAAACUGCUCAGUGAAUUACGUCUCUUGUCUCGCACGAUAUACAGUACGUCACCAACAGCAGCUAGCUAACUAACUAACUAGGUAACUUAGUUCCUUGCACAAAUGUAAAGUUAUCUUAGCUGACUCCAAUGGCUUUUUGGCCCAUAGAUGGGUGUACUGUAAACGACCAGAAAAAGAGGUGGGUAUACCCGCUAUACCUGCAUAUACCCUCCACUCCACCACCAAGAACAGAAUUCACUUUCUUGUGUACGUGUAAUCAGCCAGAAAUGGAACUAGCGAGAGCCAUCACUCAUGUAGGUACGUCCUCAUACGAAACACACAGGAGUCGCAGCCUCGUAGCCGCACAAUUUUCGCAGUCUUUUACUACAAAAAGCAAAUCUUUUGCACACUUGAGGUACGACAGGUGCGUAGGAGAAGACGAUGGACUGACUGUCACAGAACAAAGAACUCCCACAUACCGUGCUACACGUGCAGCGUAGAAAUUUGUUGGUAACAAGACCAAUGUUCCAGUUGUCUUUGUUCCCAAUGAAUUUCCUUUGCAGAAAAAUUUAUACUUGAACAGUUUUAUGACAAACAAAUGAACAAACAUAAUGUGUGUGAUUCAUGGCAAAAAUCAAGCAGGAUCAAAAAAUGAUUUGUCUCUUGCUUUUUUCCAAAAUAAGGUCCCAUGGUGGUCCACUGACUACUUCGCCUCUCUUAGACGCUCAACACUUCCCGCUCUAAUGCUUCGCAUUAAGAGCCUUCCAAGGGUACAAAUCCCUCCCUUAGCUGGACGGCUUUAAAUGUGAAACAUGUUUUGGUCUCAGAAGAAGAAAAGGUGGUUUAUGAUUUAAAUGAGGCAUUUUUAAAUUCAAAGUUUGUUUUGGUCAGUCAGCUGAACAAAUGCAUCUUCACCUGCAGCUCAUCGGUCAGCUGUGUCAUGUGACUGGCUGCAGGUUCUGAAAUUUCAGUUUACUUACAUGCAGGCCUGCUGUCAGAGGGGUCAAAGGGUACAGAUCACUCCUACUGAAAAGCCAGCGGGGGGCCAUGAAAAGGUCUACGUACGGCAGGAGUGAGUGAGAAUGAGGGGCUCAAUUUGAUAAAUGUUGUCCCCUGUCAAUAAUUCCUAAUGGCAGGCCUGCUUACAUGCAGAUGUGUUACACUGAUGUAUGUCACACCCAGAGGUUUACUACACAGUGUCUUAAAAUGACUUCUUUUUUAGCAGUUUUGAUAAUUAAUUAAUCAUUAACAUCAUUUAUCAAUUAAAACUCAAAUCAUUCUCUGGUUGCAGCUUCUCUGAUGUGAGGAUUUGCUGCUUUUCUUUUUGUUUUUAUAUUUUUAUCUUUGACUUUUGAACUUUGGUUUGGGCAAAACAGGACAUUGGAAUUUUGAUUUUUUUGGGUUAUUAAUAAGUUAAUAAGGAGACUUUAUUUUUUUUGAAUAAAGAACAUUUGUAUCACACAACAACAGGAAGUCUUCCUUGUGAAAUUUAAAAACUUCACAUGAAAGAUCAGAAAUUGCAUUUUGACUCAGCACGAAUUUAAACGUGGGGCUGCAGCUAAUGAUAAUUAUCUCUAAUAAGGCUUAUAUGUUGAUAUUUUCUCAGCUAACAAUCGGUCUUAAAACUGAAAAAAGUCAGAAAGUAGUGAAAAAUAUCCAUUACAAGUUGAUGCCAUCAACUACUUCCUUUUGUCUAACGAAUAUUUUUAACCCCAAAAUAUUAAGCCCAAAAUGACACAGAGAAAAGCUGCAAGUCCUGACGUUCAUCACUGCAUUACUGCUGUUACACUCAUAAAUAUUAAACCAGGAAGUUUACUACACAGUGUGACAGUGCUGAAAACAUUUUCUGAACAUGUUUCAACCACAUCUGAAGAAAAAAGCAAGGGUUCUUUGGACUUAAUGAGAACUGCUUUUACAGUAUUUGCAGAUAAAGUCAUUAACUUACAUCAGUGUCUUCAGGGAAUUGUGUAAACUUCAUUAUAUGACUCUGUAUUGUACUUAGCAGCCAAGCCUUACGGUCACUUAAUGUUAUGGUAUGAUGUUUUUUAUGUGGUGGUAAAAGACUGUUUGUAUUCUA